CGCCCUUUACAAAAAACAGGCGCCCAACCCGGGGUCCACCACCAGCCCGUUGUUUUGGAGAGGGCAGCGCAGUGACCUCUGUCCCAAGUCUCAGUCAUGACUGACUUUAAGAUGGAAGAUGUGACGAAUCUCUCAACUGUAUCAGCCCAGUUCCUUGCAAUGUCACCCGUCCGCAAGAUGGGACUGGAAAAUGCAGAUGAACUUUUUCAAAGUGUGGAAUCACAAACAGAUUUGCUGAAAAUGACGAUAAAAUCUGCCAUAGCUCGAAAACAUCCUCCAUCAGUAAAAUACCAAGAGGCAUUUCUGAAGACGCUUAUUCAACAGUGUGAAGCAAAAUACUAUGAGAUUGGAGAUGAUCUAUAUGAGGUGUACACAGCAUUGUUGAGUAGUUCCAAAUCUGAGACGAAUGAUGAAUGCUACAGAACAUACUUACUGGUGAGAUGUGGUGAACAUUUCACAAUUUAUUUUGGGUCGGCAAAGUCCAACACAAAUGACACUUCAGUGACUCUUAAAGAAUCUGUGAAGAUGAUCUCAGAAGGAACAACUGGUCUGAAUACCUGGCCAGCGGCCGGACUCCUUGCUGAAUGGGCGAUGGAAAACAAAGAUGCAUUAUCUGGGAGAACCAUUCUUGAGCUUGGCAGCGGCAUGGGCCUCACCGGACUCACCAUCUGCAAGACCUGCCAGCCUAAUGGAUACAUAUUCUCCGACUGUCAUGACAGUGUGCUAAAGGGCCUCAAGGAGAACAUUGCAAUCAAUGUACCAGGUGAUCCUGAACAGGGUAGUGUAGCGCCUGAGAUUGAUACUGAAGAUACAAAAGGAGACAGGAUUCCAGACAUUUCUGUUGAGUGCAUUGACUGGAAGGCUUUUGAAAAGAAUGAUUUGCAAAGAUUGAAUGCUGGAGUUAUACUAGCUGCAGACGUGGUUUUCGACCCGAGAAUUAUUGAGCAUUUAGUUCGUCUUCUCCGUCUGUUGUUAAGAUGUCAAGGAGAUGGCCAAGGAAGACCAACUGCCUUUAUUGCAUCCACCAUAAGAAAUGAAGACACUUACUGGGCAUUCUUGCAGGCUCUUGACAAGUAUCAUGUGUCAACUGAGAAGAUGGAGAUCCCAGCACACAAAACACUACAUUUUGACAGGAGCUGCCGUAUACAUAUUCUACGUCUAUGGCUCCCGGUGUGACAUUCGUCUCAGGAAACAGUCUGUGGUCAGUGAUGUGAACAAAGAAUUAGACUGUAAUGAAUAUGAAGUCACCAUUCAAAAACCUGCCCUACAACAUGGCGUCUGUGUGUCGUAGAAAUCAAACAAGGAUCACUGCGUGUUGCUUGGAUGUACGCAUUUAGACGCGCACAUGUUUUCCCUCCAAGAUGGCAACUUUCAUAGUAACAAAGGGGUUAUUCAAUACGAUCUAUUGACAAAAUAGAGAGCCCACCAACAUCAGGGCUAGAGAUGAUUCUUGAUGUAGCCCCAGAGGACCAAACAACGGGCACUUUGCUCUCCUGCCCAAGCAACACACAAUGAAAGCGCACAGUCACGCGGUGAAUGUGUGCACAUACACCCAUAAUAUACCUGAAAGUCAACAAACGCAAUGCAAUACGUCAGCCUAGCACAACUGCAUCUGGUAAUGCAUGGUGAAGGCAGUGUUUACUUAAAUACAUUCCACCCAAAUGUAAGGCAAUUUUUCAGGCAACCUGGAGGCAACCCUCUGCACUUUUUGCACAAGGAACACUUCAUCAGCACAAGAAACAUUCUUCCAGCUUUAACUCACUACCCACAAGAAAAUAAUAAAUGUGAAUGGAUUUUAUUUAUUGGA